AUGGCGUCGAAGGCUAUAUACGAAGCGACCGGCAAAGAUAUUAUAACCAGGCACAUAGCACCUGGUACGGCUCUUGUGCCGUGUCGGAUCGCCGUGUUCGAGCAGGACACCGUCUGGGAGGACGAGAUCGGGAAGAAUCCAUGGAUCACCAAAGAGAAACUGGUGGUGAAACCAGACCAGCUGAUCAAGCGGCGGGGUAAGCUGGGCCUUGUGGGCGUGAAUUUGACCGCGGCGGAGGUACGCCGUUGGCUCGGAGACCAUUCGGGCAAGGAGCAACAAGUGGGCGCGGCAGUGGGGAAGCUGCGGCGCUUCGUCGUCGAGCCCUUCGUCAAACACGACGAUAACGAGGAGAUGUACCUUUGCAUUCAGUCGGGUCGGCGUUCAGACACCAUCUUGUUCCACCACCAGGGCGGCGUGGACGUUGGGGAUGUGGACGCAGUCGCCGUCAGGCUCGAGGUGCCAGUGGACACGUUUCCCUCCGGCGAGGAUAUCGAGCAACUGCUAUUGAAAAAUCUCAAAUCAGCCACAGUCAAGAGGCUGAUAACUACGUUCGUCCUGUCCCUGUACCAAGUGUAUGUGGACCUCCACUUCACUUAUAUGGAGAUCAACCCGAUCGUCGUGACCGGCGAGAGGAUCUAUCUUCUGGACUUGGCUGCGAAGCUGGACCAGACGGCGGACUUCAUCUGCGCCAAGAAUUGGGGGGAGGUGACCUUCCCGCCUCCGUUUGGAAGGGACGCGUAUCCGGAGGAAGCUCAUAUCGCGGACUUGGAUGCGAAGAGUGGGGCUAGUUUAAAGCUGACGGUGCUGAACCGGUCGGGUCGUAUUUGGACGAUGGUGGCGGGCGGCGGCGCGUCAGUCGCGUACACCGACACCGUGUGCGCGCUCGGCGGCGCCGCGCAGCUCGCCAACUACGGCGAGUACUCCGGCGCGCCCACCGAGAGCCAGACGGCGGACUACGCGCGCACCAUCUUCAGCCUCAUGUGCCGCGAGAGGCACCCCGACGGCAAGGUGCUGAUCAUCGGCGGUGGUAUCGCCAACUUCACCAACGUGGCGGACACCUUCCGCGGUAUCAUCACCGCAAUCGAGACUUACAAGGACGCACUCAUCCAGUACAACGUCACCAUUUUCGUGCGACGUGGUGGCCCCAACUACCAAGAGGGACUCAGACAGAUGCGCGAGGUCGGCCAACGUCUCCGUAUCCCGCUGUACGUGUUCGGACCGGAGACGAACAUGACGGCGAUAGUCGGGCUGGCCCUGGGCCAAUCGCCAAUACCGCCAGAGCACCAGUUGGACUACGCGCCGAAACAGCUGCCCAAGCCUGAGCCGGCCCCGGCACCGAAGCUGGAACUGCCAGAACUGACACCAGCGCUUCUGGAUCUGGUCUGCUCGCAAGCUCCAACCCGUAUAGACCUUGGACAACCGUUAACCACGGCUCGCCCACUCUUCACUGAUCGGACCAAGGCCAUUGUCUGGGGAAUGCAGAACAGAGCUAUCCAGGGUAUGCUGGACUUCGAUUACAUCUGUCGCAGAGCUGAACCCUCGGUGGUGGCCGUCGUGUACCCGUUCACUGCGGACCACAAGCAGAAAUACUACUUUGGCAACAAGGAGGUCUUCAUACCAGUUUUCUCGGAUAUGGACGUGGCGAUGAGGAAGCACCAAGAAGCUACGGUUCUGGUGAACUUCGCCUCACUCCGAUCCGCCUAUGACAGCACCAUGCAGGCAAUGCAACAUUCGCAAAUCAACACGAUCGUCAUCAUUGCCGAGGGCAUCCCGGAGAACAUGACACGUAAGAUCAUCAAGGUGGCGGACGCGAGAGGCGUGAACAUAAUAGGACCGGCUACCGUGGGUGGAAUCAAACCCGGCUGCUUCAAAAUAGGAAACACUGCCGGCAUGAUCGAUAACAUAAUAGACAGCAAGCUGUACCGGCCCGGCAGUGUUGCCUACGUCUCGCGCUCCGGUGGUAUGAGUAACGAACUGAACAACAUCUUGUCGAAGGAGGCGGACGGAGUGUGCGAAGGUGUUGCCAUCGGCGGGGACCGGUACCCUGGCACCACGUUCCUCGACCAUCUGUUAAGGUGA